AUGGCCAUGUCUCCGGAGCUCGACAACGGAGCUGUCGGGUACGAGAGCAUCCUCGUCAGUCUCAAGUCCAGCAACAAAUCAUUCCACGGUAACUUCAUCAACCGCGAGAUCCGCCUAACGACCGACAAACCGAUGUUCAAGAUCGGCCGGGCGUCCAAGACAGUCAGCAAGGGACUUCUUCCUGCCUCCGACAACGCCUUUUUUGAUAGCCCCGUUGUCUCUCGGACGCACGCCGAAAUCACGGGCAACUUUAAUGACGGUUCGGUCACGGUAACAGAUUUGGGCUCACUCCAUGGGACAUUCGUGAAUGGAAAGCCCACCAAGGAGACUGCUUUGGUCUUAAAGCAAGACGACAUUGUCAGCUUUGGAAUCCACGUAUCUCGUGGCUUGGACGUCUUCUACCCGACUUCGUGCAAAGUCACUUACGUCAGCACACUGAACAAGUGCGAUAUCCCAUGCCAUAGUGCCAAGUCUAAGACUGCGAUCUACGAGAUCGAGGACAGUGAGACAUCUUCCAACGACGACGCUAUUAGCGUGGAGGAAAUCACGAUGUGCUCAGAGACGAAUGUUCUGCCGCCUCUGGAUAAAUUCGUGAGCGAGGGUCGUGGCGAAACGGAUGAUGUUUAUGCAGACGACGACGAGGUGGUUGACGAGGACUACGGCGAAGUGAACGAAGACUAUGAGGUCGAUGACGUCGCCAAUAGUUCAGAAGAUGAAGAAGCGGAGGAGGAGGAGGAAGAAGGCGAUAUAGAAGACGACGAAUAUGAGGGGGAAGAAUACGAGGAAGAGGACGACAAUAAAGAUGUUAAGCUGCCAGAAGACAUGGAGGGCAGCUACCUCAGCGAGCAACUCGAAGGCUACGCCAAGGGCACCAAAAAGGACAGUCCCCCAUCGCUCGUUUUCGGCAAAGAGCCCACCCCGAAUAACAACGACUCAAUGCCAGUCCUCGGCCUAUGGACACCGCCACCCAUGUCCGCUGAGGAUGUGGCCACCCUGUCCCGCAUUGUUGAGGAUGAACUCAUACACGAACAGGAACCGAUUGAAGAGGACGUUACCAAUGACGAAAAUGCUGAUGUCGAUCCUGUCGACGACGGCAAGUCGCUUCUCCUCGAUGACACGCUCCCACGCUCGGUGUCUGCCAAAUUCGAUAUCUCGUCGCUUCUCAACCCAUCGCCACCGACUUCGUCUCCCGCAAAGAUCCCGACCGACGGCAUUCCCGCCACCCAGGCACCUGGCGUUUUACCCGCUGUCUACCGAAACAUGCCCGCCAGUUACGAAACGGCUGAACCCAGCGAGGCAUCCCGUGCCGAAAUCACCGACGAAGCCCGUAUGAAGGUUAACAUGGUCAUUGACUCCCUUCAACAGGCGUCGCCGUCUCCGGCUCUACACCCGACUGUUUCCGACCUCCCGCCGCUCGUGGCUCCUAGCGGUGAGGAAGAUAGUGAAGACGUGGAUUUGACCAACGCGACGACAUUCUCGUUGUACAAGAAGCGGAAAGCAAACAGCAAGAAGCGUAAAGCCGACGAGAUGCUUGCUUGCACAUCAGGCAUUUCGGCAGCUACUAUUUCUGUGGCACCCCCUUCCGCAACCGAGGCCCCAUCCGCAAAACGGCUUGCAACACCCGCCGCCGUGGCCGCCAAGAAGAAGAGCAAGGGGCGGGCAUGGGCAGUGGCUGAGAAGAUUGGCAUUGCCGCGCUCGGGGGUGCCGUUGUGCUUGGCUCGCUUAUCUACACGGCCCCUUCCUUCUGA